UUGGCACCACUUCGUUCAGCAGUUAAAGAAUAUGGAGAUUUAAUAAGAGAGCUAAAGGAGAAAGGAGCACCAAAAGUUGACAUCGAUCGGGCUGUUAUCGAGUUGAAAGCAAGAAAAAAACGAUUAGAAGAUCGUGAAUUCGAACUUGCACCAAAAGAAGCAUCGUUUGAUCGUAUCAAAUUAGAGGAUCUCCUUAAAAGACGCUUUUUUUAUGAUCAGUCGUUUUCUAUUUAUGGAGGUGUUAAUGGUUUAUAUGAUUAUGGGCCUAUGGGCUGUGCUAUGAAAGCUAAUAUGAUUGCUUUAUGGAGGAAGCAUUUUAUCUUGGAAGAAGGUAUGCUAGAAGUGGAUUGUUCCGUGCUGACUCCAGAACCUGUCCUUAAAGCAUCAGGUCAUGUUGAUCGUUUUGCUGAUUGGAUGGUGAAGGAUGUUAAGACUGGUGAAUGUUUUCGUGCCGAUCAUUUAAUCAAAAAUCACGCUGAAAAGAUAUUGCAGGAUCCGAAAACUGAUAUUUCAACGAAAAAUGCUUUAACCGACGUUUUGGCAAAGUUAGAAGGUUUUGAUAAUAACGAUAUGCAAGAGGUCAUCAGUAAGUUCAAUUUUAAAUCACCUGUGACUGGGAACGAUUUAACAGAACCAAUUGCAUUCAAUUUAAUGUUCCCAACUCUUAUCGGUCCCACGGGCGAUUUUAAAGCAUACUUAAGGCCAGAGACAGCUCAGGGUAUAUUCGUCAAUUUCAAACGUCUUCUGGAAUUUAACCAGGGUAAACUUCCAUUCGCAGCAGCUCAAAUUGGUUCUGGUUUUCGAAAUGAAAUUUCUCCCAGGCAGGGUCUGAUACGCGUUCGUGAGUUUACGAUGUGUGAAAUAGAACAUUUCGUUGAUCCGAAUGACAAGAAACAUUCUAAAUUUUCAAAAGUUUCUGAUCAUAAAUUGAAUCUCUUAUCGGCUUGUAAUCAGCUGGCAGGAAAAUCAGCCGAAACGGUUUCAAUUGGGAAAGCUGUAAAGGAGGGGAUUGUGGCUAAUGAAACUCUUGGUUAUUAUAUGGCUAGGGUGCAUAUGUUUCUAGUCAAAGUUGGUAUCGAUCCUCGUAGAAUGCGUUUUCGUCAACACCUUUCUAACGAAAUGGCUCAUUAUGCUUGCGACUGUUGGGAUGCCGAAAUAUUAACUUCCUAUGGUUGGAUCGAAUGUGUCGGAAAUGCAGAUAGAGCUUGUUAUGAUUUGCAACAACACUUUAGAGCAACAAAUGUUAAAUUAACUGCUGAAAAAAGAUUGGACGAACCAAAAACUAUUAAUGUGACGGAAAUAGUGCCGAAUAAAUCUGCAAUCGGUUCGAAAUAUAAAUCCGAUUCCAAAAAAGGGGGUGAAAUCGAUUUAACUAAAGAAUUAUUUUCAGUAAAACGAUAUGAAAAAAAAAUUCACGUUGAAGAAAUUACGCCAUCAGUCAUUGAACCUUCUUUUGGUAUCGGUCGUAUUUUUUAUAGUGUUCUUGAGCAUUCAUUUCGACAACGCGAAGGCGAUGAGCAAAGACGAUUUCUGGCUUUACCUCCUAUGAUAGCUCCAAUAAAAUGCUCUCUCUUGCCAAUUUCGUCAAACUCCGAACUAGAUCCUAUUCUCGAAGCAGUGCGUGAUCAGUUGGUCGAGUAUGAAAUUAGUUUCAAACUGGAUGAUAGUGCUGGUUCUAUCGGCCGGCGUUAUGCAAGAACGGAUGAAAUCGGAAUACCGUUUGGUAUAACGGUUGAUUUUAAAUCACAAGAGCAGCCUUGGACUGUUACAUUGCGUUAUGCUUUAACUAUGGAGCAAGUUCGACUAAAAGUCAGUGAAGUUGGUAGUGUUGUGUCGAAUCUUGCAUCUGAACGAAUAAAUUGGCAAAACAUCCUCGAAACAUUUCCAAAAUUCGAGCAAAAUGAAUCGUAA